GGGGGAGAGAAGAGGAGAGAUUAUCCUCAUCCGCUCUGGUCCUCGGAGGUGGAGAGAGAACACACAACAAGCAAAAGGAGGACACUAGAGAGGAGUAGAGGGGACUCCAAGGAGAGCCAGCAGAUGCGGGAGACCACCGCGGACACCAUAUCAUCUACGGAUUUUCUUUAGGACACAUCUUCAGGGUCAGACGAGGGACAUAUCUCCCACCCUCCCUCAAUUUCAUUUAAAUUCUGACAGAUAGGACCGAACAACUCCCUCGCCAAGAUGGGCAACCGAGGCAUGGAAGAUCUGAUCCCUCUGGUGAACAAAAUGCAGGAUGCCUUCGCUGCAAUCGGCCAAAACUCGAACUUAGACUUGCCUCAGAUCGCCGUUGUGGGCGGCCAGAGUGCGGGGAAAAGCUCCGUGUUGGAGAACUUCGUGGGGAAGGACUUCCUCCCCCGUGGCUCUGGCAUCGUGACCCGUCGACCUCUGGUGCUCCAACUGAUCAACUGUCCCACCGAGUAUGCCGAGUUCCUCCACUGUAAGGGGAAGAAGUUUGUUGACUUUGAUGAGGUACGAGGGGAGAUCGAGGCGGAGACGGACCGCAUCACCGGAGCGAAUAAAGGCAUUUCCCCCGUCCCCAUUAACCUACGGGUGUACUCCCCCCAUGUGCUGAACCUGACCCUGGUGGACCUACCGGGGAUGACCAAGGUGCCGGUGGGGGACCAGCCCGUGGACAUCGAGGCCCAGAUCAAGGAGAUGUUGAUGCAGUUCGUAACCAAGGACAACUGCCUGCUGCUGGCCGUCUCGCCGGCCAACUCUGACCUGGCCAACUCUGAUGCGCUGAAGAUCGCCAAGGAGGUGGACCCCCAAGGUCAGAGAACCAUUGGUGUCAUCACUAAGCUGGACCUGAUGGAUGAAGGGACGGAUGCCAAAGACAUCCUGGAGAACAAACUGCUUCCGCUGAGGAGGGGGUACAUUGGGGUGGUGAACAGAAGUCAGAAGGACAUCGAUGGGAAGAAGGACAUCAACGCGGCCAUGGCGGCCGAAAGGAAGUUCUUCAUGUCCCAUCCCGGGUACCGGCAUCUGGCCGAACGCAUGGGCACCCCGUACCUCCAGAAGACCCUCAACCAGCAACUGACCAAUCACAUCCGCGACACGCUGCCCGGGUUGAGGGCCAAGCUGCAGAGCCAGCUGCUCUCCAUAGAAAAGGAGGUAGAAGAGUACAAGAACUUCAGGCCUGACGACCCCUCACGCAAGACCAAGGCCCUGCUACAGAUGGUGCAGCAGUUCUCGGUGGACUUUGAGAAGCGCAUCGAGGGGUCCGGGGACCAGAUCGACACGGCGGAGCUGUCAGGGGGCGCGCGCAUCAACCGCAUCUUCCACGAGCGCUUCCCCUUCGAGCUGGUCAAGAUGGAGUUUGACGAGAAGGAGCUCCGCAAGGAGAUCAGCUACGCCAUCAAGAACAUCCACGGCAUCAGGACAGGCCUGUUCACUCCUGACCUGGCCUUUGAGGCUAUAGUGAAAAAGCAGAUCCAAAAGCUGAAGGAGCCCACGCUGAAGUGCAUAGACAUGGUGGUGAGCGAGCUCACCUCCACCAUACGAAAGUGUAGCAGCAAGCUGGCCCAGUACCCCCUGCUGAGGGAGGAGAUGGAGAGAAUCGUCACACAACACAUCAGGGAUCGGGAGAGUCGCACCAAGACCCAGGUUUUGCUGCUGAUAGACAUCGAGUUGUCCUACAUGAACACCAACCACGAGGACUUCAUCGGAUUCGCCAAUGCUCAGCAGAGGAGUAACAAGCAGAACCAGAAGAAGGCUGCUGGUAACCAGGAUGAAGUCAUGCCGGAGAGAGGAGUUAACGAACGGUUCAAGGUGAUCAGGAAGGGCUGGCUGACCAUCAACAACAUCGGUAUCAUGAAGGGAGGAGCCAAGGAGUACUGGUUCGUCCUCACCGCAGAGUCGCUCUCCUGGUACAAAGAUGAUGAGGAGAAGGAGAAGAAAUACAUGCUGCAGGUUGACAACCUCAGGCUGAGAGAUAUUGAGAAGGGAUUCAUGUCCAGCAAGCAGAUCUUUGCCCUCUUCAACACCGAACAGAGGAACGUCUAUAAGGACUACCGUCAGCUGGAGCUGGCCUGUGAGAACCAGGAGGACAUCGACGGCUGGAAGGCGUCCUUCCUGCGGGCUGGGGUCUACCCCGAACGUGUCACCGACAAGGAGGGCAAGAGCGAGGGUGGGGAGGAGAACGGCUCCGACAACUUCAUGCACAGCGACCCCCAGCUGGAGCGGCAGGUGGAGACCAUCCGCAACCUGGUGGACUCCUACAUGGCCAUCGUCAACAAGACGGUCCGCGACCUCAUGCCCAAGACCAUCAUGCACCUCAUGAUCAACAACACCAAGGAGUACAUCAACGCCGACCUGCUGGCUGAGCUGUACUCGUGCGGGGACCAGAGCUCCCUGAUGGAGGAGUCCCAGGAGCAGGCUCAGCACCGCGACGAGAUGCUGCGCAUGUACCACGCCCUGCGCGAGGCACUGGGCAUCAUCGGGGACAUCAGCACCACCACCAUCACCACCGCCAUGCCCCCGCCCGUCGACGACUCCUGGCUGCAGGUGCAGCGCGCCGGCGGCGGCUCCGGCGGCAGGUCUCCCGCCACCAGUCCCACCCCCAACCGCAGGGCCCCUCCGGGCCCCCCGGGACGUCCGCUGUCUCGGGGUCCCCCACCUGGCCCUCCCCCCGCCGGGGGACCCCCCGUCCCCUCCCGCCCGGGGGCCUCACCCGAUACCUACAGCGGGCCCCCGCCCACCGUGCCCUCUCGGCCCAACCGCGCACCCCCCAGUGUGCCUAGUCGAAGACCCCCACCUUCUCCAACCCACUAGGCCUCCAAGCCCCUCCCUACUACUACCGUCAUCAUUAACCCCACCUACCCUGCCUCCGGACUAGAGGGCAACAGCUCCACCUACCUGCUGUUAUCUGUCAUGACAGACCAGAGCUGGUUCCCUCCUCCUCCACCUCUUACUGCUCCUAUACUACUGUACUCUCUCUCAUUGUCUCUGUCUCUCUCGCUUUCUGUCUCUUUCUCUGUGUCUCUCUUUCUCUCUCUCUCUCUUUCUCUCUCUCUCUCUUCAUGUUUUUGGUCACACACCGAUAUGCAAACAGACGCAUUCAUGUGCACGCACAAAACACACACACACACACACACACACACACACACACACACACACACUAGUGCAUGAUAUGUAAACUUACUAUAAACACGCUAUUUUCCAAUAAUACCGGUAACCAGAGCUGAAUGAAAAAUGUAAAUUUACACACGCACACGAACACAAACUCAAACACACAAUGUACAUGCUAACGGUCAGAUACAUCAUACUCAGCAUGAAUAAAAAGGUCAUGAAAUACACUGAAUACUUGCGUCUACCGAGGUACUACCUUUGCACUUCAUUUGAAAUGGCUUUUGAAUACUUAAUAGUCAUAUGUGGUUUUCACAUUUAUAUUUCGAGGCUGCUUUUCCUUUCAAAUCAAGCCUUCUAUGUAUCGAAUAAACAUAAAGCAUUGUCUGGCCAAAGUGGUUUUGGGUAAGAAAACUUCAUCCAUGUGUGUCUUAAACUAUUGUCGGUUGUAUCAAAAAACAUCAAGGCCCAAUCCCAUUUCUACCCCUUACCCCUCCCUUUACCCCUCCCCCUUGUUUUGAAGGGGUAAGGGGAAGGGGUAAGGGGCAGGGGUAAGGGGUAGAAAUGGGAUUGGGCCUAACAGUAACCCUUAGCCCCCUUUCUCCAAAAAACAAUGCCGAAAGUAGAAUAAUGGGCUCGGGAAGAAACAUUUGUCUCGUCCAAUCACUGUAGAGGUAGGGCUGUCUUUGCACCUGAAUGGCCAAUCAGAAACAAUGCAGUUUUGAGCUUCUAACUGUACAGUCCUUAAAUAGCAAUGCCAAGUUAUGUAUAGACACAAUGUACGCAACAUAUCAAAAACUAUCGUCUCUUCACCUCUAUGAUUUUUGGCAUUUCAAUCAACCUAUUUAUCUUUAAAUUUGUUGGUCAGUAGCUUUCCAUAACUAUUGACAAUUUAGGUCAAGUUGUCUCCAGUCAGAAAAAACACUUUGAAUCAUUCAUCAGACAGUGAUGAAUGAUUCCUUGAAACGGGUUGAAACCGGUUUCAGUCGUUUUCUUUGUGCUUUUUCAACGUGUCUUACCUACUCCAAAUCCUCUAUAAGACAACGGUGUGACCUCUCUUUUCAAGCAAACAGGCGUUAUGCUUUCAGGACAAUUGGCUUGUUUCUCUUGUGUGUGUAUUUGUUUAUACCCAAUGGACCUAUGCAAUAUUAUUGCAUUGGUUUUUAAAAGACAACAGCCGGGUUUCAUGUUUGUCUUGGAUUUAAGUUUUCUGCCUUAUCACAAACUCCUCUCUGCACUGACCCCAACCAAAUCGACCGUCCUCAUCCCUACAAUAAACUCUAUUACAAUAGAGAGGGUGGGACUUCAUAGAAUGUGCAAUAUGUCAUUGGAUAGCUGAACUGCAGCUGUCUGUCAAUCAUUUUAGACUCAAGAAUGAAAACUGAUGAGAUGUUAAAUAAAGAGGAAAAACUUGAAUUCUCUAAAUACUCACGUAAUUCAACUAAAUGAUCAGGAUUACAUGUUUGCUGCUGGUCAAAUGUUUAACAUCCUGUUCAAUUGCUGGUAUUCUUCACUGAAUAUCUUAUGUUUUCUUUCCCUCCCUUCCUCCCUUCUUUUUCUCUCCGUCAGUG